GACUGCUGCGAUUACUAAGUUAACUUUGUAAGGGUGGCGCUGGCCGCUGGCGUAAUAAGCGUGCUGAUUUUCUUACUCGUUUAUCAACUUUAAAAAUAACACUUAGUCUAGGAUGUUGCGCUUUCUGAGUAGGAGAGGGCGCUCAUCAAGUCAAAACCGCAACAAACAAACCCAAAAGGCAUCCAGCAACAAAAACUUAAUACAAUGUAAAGUGUUACUACUUGAUGACACAGAUUUGUCCAUAAAUCUGUCUAAAAAGGCAAGUGCAAAUGAUCUCUAUGAGCAAGUAUUUUAUUCUCUGGAUUUAAUUGAAAAAGAUUAUUUUGGACUGCAGUUUACUGAUACUCACAAUGUCAAACAUUGGUUAGAUCCCACCAAGACUAUCAAGAAACAAGUGAAGAUAGGUCCUCCGUAUACCUUGCGACUGAAGGUCAAAUUUUAUUCUUCUGAACCCAAUAAUCUAAGGGAGGAAUUAACAAGAUAUCAAUUUUUCUUGCAAUUGAAGAAAGAUAUUUUGGAAAGUAAACUAGAAUGUCCUCAUUCUACUGCAGUUGAGUUAGCUGCAUUGGCUUUGCAGUCAGAACUAGGAGAUUUUGAUGAAAAUGUUCACACACCUGCUACAGUGUCAGAGUUCAGAUUUGUUCCCAACCAGACUGAAGAAAUGGAGAUUGAAAUACUUGAAGAAUAUAAGAAAUGCAAAGGUCUGACUCCAGCACAAGCUGAAGUCAACUACCUAAAUAAAGCGAAGUGGCUUGAAAUGUAUGGUGUUGACAUGCACAUAGUACUAGGCAAGGAUGGAUGUGAAUACCACUUAGGAUUGACACCCACUGGCAUACUAGUGUUUGAGGGACCUCAAAAAAUUGGCUUGUUUUUCUGGCCUAAAAUCAGUAAAUUGGACUUCAAGAAAAAGAAACUUACACUUGUUGUUGUUGAAGAUGAUGACCAAGGCCGUGAACAAGAGCAUACUUUCGUAUUUAGAUUACACAAUGAGAAAGCCUGUAAACAUCUUUGGAAAUGCGCAGUGGAACAUCACACAUUCUUCCGCUUGAGGGCGCCAGUGAAAGGACCUUCCGCACGACAGAACUUCUUCAGGAUGGGCUCUCGAUUCCAAUAUUCUGGAAAAACUGAAUAUCAAACUACCCAGCAAAACCGCGCUCGUCGCACGGUACAGUUUGAAAGACGUCCUAGUCAACGUUUUGCUCGCCGACAAAGCCACGUUUUGAGAGAACGCGAAAAACAAAAUGUUGUAAAACCUGAGACAACAUCAUCUGAGGUGGUUAAUGAUGCUCCUAGCACUUCUUCUGAAACUGCAGUGCUAGUGCCUGAUAUUGAUACUUUAUCAAGGAGGAGUAGUGCCAAAUCACAGAAGUCUACUCUAUUAGAACCUGAGACUAAAGCUGAAAUUGGUGAACCAUCUACUAAGAAUCUACUCAAUGAAGAACCAGCUGAAGAAGUGUUGAUGUCGAAAGACGAUGCAAUCAGUAACAAGGUGCUAUUUAAAAUGGAUAAAUCUGUGAAUGAGGACAAGAAGAGCAACUUGACUCAGCUUGUGAUUAACAAACCUGCCUGUAGCUGCUCACCAGUUACAGAGUCAAACCCUCUUAAUGACCUUUUAAUGAGUCUUGUAAAAGAAAAGCUCAAUAAUGAUGACUCUAAAAAUGAAGUAAAGCGAGAUCUAUUAGAUUCUCCAAGUGAAAAAGAGGUGCCUAACAACCAGACAAAAUGUUACUUGUCAUCAACUAAAGCUCUACCCCCUGGUCAAUUAAAAUGUAACAAUAUUUUGAAGGCCAGAGAAAAUGAAGUAAAGAUCAUUAAUGAAUCUACUAAUAUCAAUCUGGCUAUACCAUCUACACCUUCACCAAAAAUUUUGAAUGAACCUACAAAUCCUAUAAAUUCGCAAUAUGUAUCUAUUGUUGUUGUGGAACCACCACAUAAUCAAACAAAGGUAGCAUCUCCUAAACCUGUUGAGAAGAAGGAGGAUGUGACUCCGAAGGUGCAGCCUAUAUCAUCUCUGUCACCAUGGUUGGUGACUUCUGAACCCAGCUCUCCAUCUGGCAUUGGUGAAAAGGAAAUUACAAUAAUCCACCGUAAGUCUGUAAUUACUACUCAGUUGUAAUUGAGCACUACUUAUAAGUACAUUUGACAAAUUUUUAAAUUAAAAUUUUAUUAUUCUGGGGUAAACCCUUUAUGUUACGAAUCACAAAAAAGCAGCUAAAGCUACAUUCCGUAAGCUGCUCAUCAUACAGUUUUUGUUUAGAAAUGACAAGUUAGAGAUAUAUUUUAGCAUGUUGUACUUUGAAGAUGUUUUAAUUAUUAUUUAGUGCCUUAUGAAAUCGCCUAUUUCCAAUUAUAGUAAUUAAGCCAAUUUAUUGUGGAUAAAUGAAGUUAUUUAAUAAUUUCAGAUAUUGCCACCCCAUGAAAUUUUUGAGACUGUUACAUUCUUGAAUAGGAUUCAUUUUUAAUUAUUUUUCAUUUUCGCUUUCUAAGUUUCGAUAGAAACCUAAAGCGAGAUGAUGCCUACAUUACCGCAAUAUAUUCCAAAUAUGAGAUCAACAGGUUUCAUUCCGCUUGGGGUAACUAAGUAGGUAUCGAUACUUUUUAUAUAUUUACAUGUACUUAAUUAUCGUACUUAAUAUUAACCAAAAUGAGACAGUCGAGAAUUAUUCAAUUCUCUAGGCAAUGAGUCUGAGCGUAAGUAUUUUAUAAAAAUAUUGAUAACAUUGAAAUGACUCUGUAUUUUGCAUUAAGAGAUGAGUUAUCUAUACAUUCCUUAUAUUUACUUAAUUGUAAUUCAACAAUCUUUAAUGGUAGUAUUUUUGAAACCGUCCUUUUAAACUUUAAUCAUUCUAUAUCAAACAAUUAGAAUUAAGUACAACAUAUCAGUAUUAGACAUAAAACAAGUAGCAAGCUAGGUGCCAUAGUUGAUUUAUAAAAUUGCCAUUCGCAUACCCUUUAAAAUAGAUUGCUAUUAUAAAUGUGAUGGUUUUUGUUUUCGGAAUAUUUCUUAAAUGUUACUAAUCUGCCAAUAAAAUUACGAUAAAUGAUAAAGGUACUAAUACACAGGAAAAUAACAGUCUUAACUUUAAUAUUUUGCGAAAUAAGCAAAUUGAUUUCAAUAAUGCAAUGUUGCCACAAAUUUUAUGAAUGUAUUAAUUGUUCUAUUAUAUGUUAUGUACCCAAAUAAUUAAAAAAAGUAUUUUAUUAUAUUGUACUUCUCUUAGCAGAUAUUAAAUCAAUUUUCGUCCAAUGUAGUCCAAUAAUUGUAUUUCUAGUUUAAUUUUAUAAAACUCUUAUACAGUUAGUAAUGAACUAGUUUUAGGGAUAUUUACCUAUCUAAUCUAUUUGUAAGUAUUCACUAUACUGAUGUAUAAAAGCAAACGAAAUUUUAUCUGGUGCAUACAGAUUUGCUUACAAAAUCUUUUAAUCUGAAGUCUUCUGAAUAUUACAUUGAGUUACUUUGUCAAAUUCAACUUGUAAUAAAUAUGUAAGCACCAUUUAAAUAAUUUCAAACAAAACAAAAUAUCGUGCCAAUUAACGACAGUUAGGGAUAUAUAUCAAGGUGCUUGGGACCAAUAAUAACCGAUCAGGUUAAUAGAAUCUCGGUGACUGGGCCGAUUUCACCAGUUAAGGUUUUUCGUGAUCGAUAACAAGCCUCUUGUUGGCUUGUUGCCAAUUGGAGCAUUGAACUUGCUAUUGUUUGAAACGAAGAUAAAAUUUUAAAAUCGCACGUCAUUUUCACCUAUGAAAUCGGCCCAAUAGUUAUUAAACAUACAAAUAAGUAUAAAUAGGAAUUUAACAAUAAAAAUGUACAAAACGUUCCCUUAAAAAAACCAACGACACGACAUAAAUAUGAUUGUUAUCAUUGUAUUAAGUUUUAAAUACAAUAUUUUACAAAUUUGUAAAUGGUUGUCUAGGAUUUGUUGAACAGAAGUAUGAGAGACAUUCCUACUCACGGCGUUACAUACAUAGAUAGUACAUUCCUGUCAAAAUGCAAAAUGUCUAUAAAUAAACUGAAACUAGUAUUGAGGGGCCUACCACUAACUCUAAAGUAAGAAUUAGUGGCAGGCCCUUCCUGUCACAGUUGUAAAAGCUAGACUGCUCUACGCUGAGUAGUGCUUGCCUUUGCUCGAGCUAUAAAAUCUAAAGAUGAAUUUAGUCAGCGUAGACAUCUAGGCUCAGCUAUUCGCUUUUGCCUCCUUGGUUAGAUAAUCGUAAUCUAACUUAUUGAAACCCAUUUGCUCAAUAAAUUCGCUUUAUAAUAAAACGUGAAUGUGGCAAACAACUUAUAGGACAGUUGCUUGUCGGUCACAGCACUGCCUAAAAUAUAUAAUUUUGUCUUUAGCAUUCCAUCAAUCGUAAUGAUGUUGCUAUUAUGUAACCACCUGCACCACAAACUUCUGUCGAUUCAGCGUGCUACUACUUAAUACUACUUAAAACUGUGCUACCGUGCAUUUGGUUUAUGAUUGGUUAGUUUUAGACAUAAGAUUUAAUGUACUUUAUAUUAUUCUCGUUUAUUCUGUCUCAUAUUAUUAUACCAACAUUAAUAAUGGAUUAUAAUAAAAUAUUUAUUUUAUUUGA